GGGAAACGAAGACACUCCAUUUUAUUUCUGUGAUCAAUUGAUCAUCCCGAACUAAGUUUCCUUUGAGGUGAAAAUUUGGAAUCUUGUUAAAUUUUCUACAGAUCUAUAAGGUAUGGCAAUAUCUUUUCAUUACAACCAGUCAGAAAAACUAUGUAGAGCGUGUCUGAAAGAAGGGUUGGACUUCAUCUCAAUCCGAAAUGACUUGAAGACAGUUUUCACAACAUGUACUGGAAUCCUGAUUGAAGAGAAUGAUAAAUUACCUAGCACUCUCUGUUCAGAGUGCCAUACAGAAAUACUGAGGUUUUAUAACUUUCGAGAACUAUGCAAAAAGUCUAAUAUAAUAUUACAUGACAAUUUGAAGUAUAAAUUGGAUGACUUUGUCAUUAAUAUACAGGAAAUUGUAGACGAGUGUCUGUCUGAAGAUAUUGUUAUGCUAAAAAUAGACAAUACUCGUAUCGAUCCAACACAAGAUAUUUCCAAUAUUACAGAGAAUAUUCAAAACACUACAGAUUUUCUCAACAGCCAAGCAUUUGAUGAAUUACAAGAACAAGAAAUUCUUCCACCUAAAGAAUUGACCGAAUUGAAAAAUGUAUCACUUGAUGAAUGCAUACAAAAAAUUGGCAAUGAACCCAUAGAUUACGCUGAGAAAAAUGAUACUAAAGACAAAGCACAUGAUGAACGGACAAAAUUUUCACAUACUUGUAGAACAUGUAAAGAAGGAUUUUAUUCACAAAGUGAUCUUGAAAUUCAUAAGAUAGCACAUCCAGUGGAUGAUAUCCCUUUUUGUACUUUAUGUAAGAAAAGCUGUAGCGACUUGAAGGCUUUGAAGAGGCAUGUAAGAACUCACAUGAAACAGAAAAAAUUUUCAUGUCAGUUCUGCAGUAAGACUUUCUCAGAGUCUGGAAGUCUUACAAGGCAUGUUCGGAAACAUAAAGGUGAAAAGAAGCAUUUUUGUUCUUCAUGUGGAAAAGGCUUUUAUGAAUCUGGAAGGCUAAAAGAGCACAUGAGAAUGCACUCAGGAGAAAAACCUGUCCAAUGUGAUAGAUGUCUGAAAUCAUUUGCAACUAUAAAUGGUCUGAAAAGUCACAUGAAAUCGCACACAGAUGAGAGAAAAUAUGUGUGUCACAUUUGUAGUAAGUCUUUUCAACACUCCUUUGUAUUAACUAAGCAUUUGAGGGUUCAUAGUGGAGAAAAACCAUACAGCUGUAAGAUUUGUGGUAGAUCUUUCUCACAAAGUCACUAUGUUACCAUUCAUAUGAGGCAGCACACUGGUGAAUUACCAUAUACAUGUAAUGUUUGUUCUAAGGGAUUCACCCAAAGUCACCACUUGGAAAUACAUUCACGUACUCAUUCAGGAUAUAAACCUUAUGUUUGUGCGACUUGUGGAAAGUCUUUUGCUCGAUCUGGAGAUCUACACAAGCACAAUCGAAUUCACACUGGAGAAAAACCCUUCAUCUGUGACCUAUGUCCAAAGAGCUAUGUAACAUCUAGUCAUUUAAAGGUUCACAUGCGAAUGCAUAACAAUGAGAGGAACUUUGUAUGCAGCCACUGUGGAUCAGGCUUUUUCGAGAAACGAACAUUAAGAGUUCAUAUCCGGAAACAUACAGGAGAACAACCUUACAAAUGUACAAUUUGUGAUAAAGCAUUUUCACAAUCUAGAGCACUGAGUGUUCAUAGAAAGAAACAUAGUAUUGCUACUAUGGAAACUGCAGAGGAGAAUCCUAUCACCACUUAAUGGAAUAAUUUCUAAGGAAUAUCCAUAUUAACAAUAUUUUAUGUGAUUGAGUCAUUCAAGUUGAUAUCAUGAUAAUGAAUGUGACAAUAAAUAUUUUCACGUGAUUUUGAACUGUGAAAUAGAAAUUUUUUUGAUUAAAUCAAGAGGUACAUUGAAA